GCUAGUCGCGUCCUCAGUUCAUGAUCGCACGUAUACACAUGAUCAUCGCUCAGUUAUCGUUCGACUAAAACUUAGUGUCUAUUGCUACUGAAAGAUGAAUCUCAGCAUGAGUUUAAUGUUCAAGUCUGUUAUCCAGGAAUGAAUCAGCAAUGCUAUUGAUAUAAAUUAGUAAAUUAGUAGAUGUCGUGUUCGUUAUUUACAGUGAACAAUAAAAUAAUACGCAUACCGCAAUUUUUUUCCAAUGUAUAAAAAAAAUGUACUAAUAUAAAAUCUACCAUUAUUGUUUAAUGUGCAACAUUUCACGACUGGAAUAAAAUGAAACACUAAAGUGAGCAUUUAAGUGAAAUAAACAACUAAAAUCGGAGACGAAGUAAGUAGAAAUGGCCCAAGAGACACCGACAUGGCUGAACUCAAGCUUCGUAGAGAAGAUCCUACGAGAGUCAGAAGGCGACGAUUCGAUCCGGGUGAUUGAUAUAAUUUCGAAAUCGGCCACGGCUAAGGGUGACCACUACUGCAGCAACAUGAUGAGGGUUACUGCCAAAUUUUCGCAUGGUCAAGGUGAUGAGAUUACAGAAAAAUCAAUGAUUUUUAAAAUUGCACCUUCACUCGAAUCCGCUCAAGGGGAAAUUCUCGCAGAAUCAGGUGCCUUUGACUUUGAGAUAUCGAUGAUAUCAGAUACGUUGAAUAAAAUGAAUAAAUUGUUAGAGCCGAAAUACCGCUUAGGACCAAAAGGUCUAUACGUGCAAAAGGAAAAUCCACAGAUUGUGGUGAUGGAGGAUCUCUCAGCUCUCGGUUAUCGCAUGGCCGAUCGUUUGAGUGGUUUUGACCUAGACCAUAGCAUAUUGUCAAUUCGCGCAUUAGCAAGAUUUCAUGCAACCUCUGUAGCCGUAUGUGAAAAGGAACCAGAGCAAAAAAAGAAGUAUGCGAUAGGAACUUAUAGUAACGAACACCCAUCAAGUGUGGCCAAUUUUUACAUUGUGACUACUAAAGCUUUAGCGAAGGAGAUUGCAAAUUGGCCAGGAAUGAAAAGAUACGCUGAAAAAAUUGCUAAAAUUGCCGACCGUAUAUAUGAAAUAGCAAUAGAUGUAUCCAAGCCCUCUGAAGAUGAAUUUAAUGUUAUUAAUCAUGGUGAUUACUGGGUGAAUAAUAUGUUGUUCAAAUAUGACGAUAAUGGCAAACCAAUUGAUCAUAUUUCUGUGGACUUCCAAACGUGCUUCUACACAUCGCCGGCGAUGGAUCUUCUCUAUUUUCUCGAGACAAGCCCUUCCUUAGAUGUCAUUGAAAACAAGAAAGAUAUUUUAUUAAACGAAUACCUUGACACGCUAUCAACGACCAUGAAGCAACUGAAUUGCAAGACACAGCCGCCUACUAUGGAAGAAUUGAAGGAUAUCUUAAAACGAAAGGCUAGCCUUGGAAUGAUAACAGCUUUCACAAUUUUACCAUUAAUACUAUGCUCUAAGUCUGAGGCGAAAGAUUAUAAUGAGAUUAUGAACGAUGUUGAAAACCAUCCAGGUUUUAAAAGCGAAAUUUUUAGAGAUGUAAUAAUGAAGAGAAUUCCCAUGUAUGACGAGUGGGGUUUACUGGAUCUUUAAUGCAUAUUCAAUCAUGAGUAAAAAAAAUUUUAAAAAGAAAAAAAUACACUUUUAAAGCUACUCUAUAUUCUCUAAAGUAUUUUCUUCAAGAAUAUCAAAAGUUUGUCUCUAUCUUAACAAUUAAUGCUAAUGUUUCAUGAACAUUACAGUCCACCAGGGCAAGAAGCAAUCUACUAUAUUGUUCUUCUAAAAGAUUUUAUUUUUAUAUGUCGUUCAAAAUAAAAAAAAUGAAGGUGAGGGGAAAAUAAAGGUAUAGGGAAAAAGAAAAGCUAAAAAUACGAUGGAAGUGAUGACUUUUUAAAAUCGAAUCGGCCAGGCAAUUUUUGAUGAAAAUAACAUAUCUGAAAGUGUAGUUUUUAGAAAUGCAUUAAAAAUAAUAUGAAAAAGUUGUCUUGUUUUGUAAAUAUUAUAUAAUUCAAUAUAUUAACAAAAAAACUAGUCUUAUUGAAAACUCUUAUUUAUAAAAAAAAUGCGUGUAUGUAUAUAUAUAUUAUAUAUAUAAGUAAUAUACAUAUAUAUAUACUACAAUAUAUGAUAUCAUUCUAUGUUAUUACCAAUACAAAAGUAAUAUACAAAUUUAAGAUACAAAAAAAAGAAUUUUAUGCUGUUGUGAUAUAAAAUGUGCAUCAAAAAAUUGUAAAAAAAUGUAAAUAUUAUAAAGAAAACUAUAUAUCCAUUGUCUUAUAUAUAUGUAUAUUGUACUAGUCACAAAAUUAUUUUAUGUUAUUAUCUGUGUCUUUAGAGACUUUAGUUUUUGAGACAUUAAUUUUAGACAUUAAAACUAUUGAAGAAGAAAUAAAUAAUAUUAAUAUGUAAUAUUAAUACUACUGUGUAAAUCAACAAUGUACAUGUAUAAAUAAUAAAACAAUAAUUAUUAAAUAUAAAA